AUGUAUGUUCUUUUUAAAAUUCCUUUGUUUGUUUCUUUCAAAAUCAUCUCUGCUGUGGUCCCCUCCAUUGGGUCUAUCUUGUUUUGUACCUACACAGAUAGGGUAGCGUUUGUCCAGAAGGUAGACACGCAGCAAGCUCUCUGCAGCCUUUUGGGCACCGCAGCUCUCAGAAGCACCACUCCUCCACUUCCUAUCCAGUCUGUAUCGAGUAGCUGCAAGCGGCCUUUUUGUCUAUGGGGUGCAGUCUCCCUCUUAUCACUCCCCACCCCUCUGGUCUUGUUAGUGGAAUGGGCAAGCACGGUCCCCCUCUCUCCCUUCUAG